AUGGGCGCUCCUCCAGGUAUGUCCGCUCCUGGCACUGCUCCGCCGCCGGGGAUGCAGCAAAUGCACAUGCAACAGCCUGGCCGCCCAGGCGCGUUUCCAGCCAACUUCCAGCCGCCCCCGAACAUGCCGAAUAUAAACUUCUCAGCACCUGUAAUUCGACUCGGCACAUCGGGUCCCCCUAAGUCAUCGACCCCGGAGGGUACGGGACGAUCCAGCGAGACAAAUCGGCGCGCCGGACUUGGCGCUGCGAGCGUCGAGUUGCAGCGUCAGACUAUACGAGAUACGAUGAUGCAGCUUCAACCGCCGACUAAAGAGGAAAUCCUGAGAACCAUAUUCGUUGGCGGUAUCACUGAAGGCACGGGAGGCGACGAUGGGGUAGAGCGCAUUCUACGUUGUGCGGGCAAUCUCAAACGCUGGAUUCGUGCUACCGACGCCGAUGAAAAGCCCUGCAAGUUUGGCUUUGCCGAAUACGAGGAUCCUGAAAGUCUAAGUGUGGCACUGGAAGUUCUCAAGGAUGUUGAGGUACCGGUAAAACGACAGAUGCCGCGAGAAGAUGACGAGGGUGAUGAAUUAGACACAACUAAGCUUCUAGUUGUUUUCGACGAAGGCACUCUGAAAUAUCUUGACCAGUACCAGUCAACAAAAUCCGAAGAAGAUGGGUCUGAACGCGAGGCUCGUGUUGAGGCUGCGCGUCAAACCCUUGCCACCGUUCUAGCAGACUUAGCCCGUCCUGCUGUACCACCGCAAAAAGAGGAAAUAUCUACUGUUGACCGUGAUGGUGAUAUCACUUUGUCGGAUGCAGACAGCAAACAAACACCAGCGGAAGUGGUCACUAUCCCAAUAGCUGCCGAAGAUGAAUUGUCCGAUAUACCAGCUGAAAUGCGUGAGACAGUAGCCAAGGAAAUUGCAGCGUUCCGAGAGAGGAGCAACCGCAGAGACCUUGAACGUCUUCGCCGUGAAGAAGAGAUCGAGUCAAUGGAACGCGCAAGAAAUGCGGGAGGACGUGCUAGUAGACUGGCAUCUCCACCCUUGUCAGCUCCCAGUGGGCCUGCUGGCGGAGCAAAUGGUGUUCCUCUUGGACCACGCGAUCGCUCGAUAGCUAAUGCGCCUGCGGGUCCUAAAGGUUUCGGCGUGCAGAUUCCAAAGGACUACCAGAAAGGUGUCUCGUUUGUGAACGGGCAUGGAGUCUCUAUAGAACCAGAGGAUGAGGAUACAGAUGCCAGUGACGACGAGCUUGAGCGCAGGCGGGUAGAAAAGAGGCAAGCUGAAUUGGAGAAGCAAUUCCUAGACCAGGAACGCAGAUGGCUGAACCGUGAACGCAGUCGAGCUGCAGCCGUUGAGCGUGAGAAGAAGCGUGACAGGGAAGAAGACGACAAGCUCGAGGAAGCCAAAGAGGCGAUGGCGAAGUUCCUUAGUCAGUGGGAUGACGAUGUUGAGGCUAGCCGCAAGGCGGAAGAAUACUACGCCGACCGUGGAGCCUGGAUUCGAAGCCGUGCAACUAUUCGGGGACGAGAAGUGAAAGCCGACGACGCUGACCGAGCGGCGGAGAGCCGAGAGAAGGCUCGCUCUGCUCAACAACGCGAGCAGGCGCGUGGUAUGGCGGACGACUUCCUUGCUCGGCAGGCCGAAGAACUUGAAACGCAGCCUGCGCAGGCGCCACGCGAACCUCAGCGAUUCAAGCUCUCUCUGGGUGCAGCUGCACAGCAGAAAGCACAGGCAUCCGUCACCCGUCGCACUGUUGCCGAAGUCGAAGGACUGUUGGAAGACGAAGAAGAGGGAGCGGCCACGACCAAGCGUACCCUUGUCCCAAUCAAGUUCGAUACAGCUGCCGAAGCAUCUGGUCUGUCGGACGAGGAGAGGGCCCAAGCGGCGCGACAGCUUGCUGCCGAGAUACCUUCGGACAAGGACGGGCUAUGGAAAUGGGAUGUCAAGUGGGAAUUUGUCGAUGAGUCCGUGCUUGGAGAGCAGCUCAAACCAUUUGUGGAGAAGAAGAUCAUGGAGUACCUUGGGGUGCAGGAGGAAAUGUUGGUUGACGUGGUUGAAGAUCAUAUUCGCCGCCACGGUAAGCCGCAGGAGUUGGUCGAGCAGCUCGCCGAGGCUCUCGACGAGGAAGCAGAGGUGUUGGUCAAGAAGCUGUGGCGCAUGAUCAUUUUCUUCUCGGAAAGCGAAAAGCGAGGGCUUUCUAGAUGA